AUGGAAUGGAGUGUACCCCCACACUACAGGUAACAGGACGCACACAUCAAAGCUAGCUGCCUCUCUGCGGAUCGAGCAGGAGGAGCUCAGUGGUCAGUGGCGCAGCACCGCUCAUCCCCGGCCGGCCGAGCACGCAGUCACGCACACACGGCGAUGGCCGGCGGCGUCGGCGUCGGCGGCCGGGAGCCCCGGCGCCGCCGCGCGCUGGUGUUCCCGCUGCCGUUCCAGGGCCACAUCGACCCGAUGAUGCACCUGGCCGGCGCGCUCCACGCGCGGGGGCUCGCCGUCACCGUCCUCCACACGCGCUUCAACGCGCUGCGCCCGGGGCGCCACCCGGAGUUCCGCUUCGUCGAGGUCCCCGACGGCGUGCCCGCCAACGUCGCCGCCGCGGGCCGGAUCAUCGACGUCAUCCUCGCCAUGAACGCCGCCAUGGAGGCGUCGCCGGCGCCCGUGCUGGCCGCCCUGGUGUCCGCGAUGGAGGCAGAGGACCAGGAGGCGGCGGAGGGGGAGGGGGAGCCCCGCGCCGCCGCGUGCCUCUUCAUCGACGGCAACCUCCUCGCCGUGCAGCGGGUCGCCGCCGCGCUCGGGCUGCCCACGCUGGUCCUGCGCACCGGCAGCGCCGCGUGCUUGCGGUGCUUCCUCGCCUACCCCAUGCUCCAUGACAAGGGAUACCUUCCUCCCCAAGAGUCGAACCUGGACACGCCGGUGCCGGAGCUGCCGCCGCUGCGGGUGAGGGACCUCUUUUUCUCGCCUGUGAGCAGCCACGAGAAGGUCCGCGAGGUCCUCGCCCGGAUCACCGAGACCGUGCGCAACUCCUCGGGCGUCGUCAUCAACACGUGCGAGGCUCUGGAGGCCGCCGAGAUGGAGCGGCUUCGCGGCGAGCUCGCCGGCCUCCCGCUGCUGCUCGCCGCCGGGCCCCUCCACAAGCUCUCCUCCCGGAGCGCUGGGAGCAGCCUGCUGGAGCAGGACCGCAGCUGCAUCGCGUGGCUCAACGCCCGCGCCCCCGGGUCGGUGCUGUACGUGAGCUUCGGGAGCCUGGCGGCCAUGGGCGCCGGCGAGUUCCAGGAGGUGGCCUGGGGCCUGGCCGGCAGCGGCCACCCAUUCCUGUGGGUCGUCCGCCCCAAGCUCGUUCGGGGCUGCGACGGCGUGCGGCUACCCGACGGAUUCGAGGACGCCGUCGAGGGCAGAGGCAUGGUGAUCCGGUGGGCGCCGCAGCAGGAGGUGCUGGCGCACCCGGCGGUGGGCGGGUUCUGGACCCACGCCGGGUGGAACUCGACGCUGGAGGGCGCCGGCGAGGGGGUGCCGAUGAUCUGCCGGCCGGACGCCGUGGACCAGAUGAUGAACGCGCGGUACGUGCAGGAGGUCUGGGGCGUGGGGUUCGAGCUGGAAGGCGAGCUGGAGAGGGGGAGGGUCGGGGACGCAGUCAGGAGGUUGAUGGAGGGGGCCGAGAUGAGGGAGAGGGCCAAGUUGCUUAGGAGGAAAAUGGCAGACUGCUGCUUGGAGAGCUCUGGGUCUUCUCAGAUUGCCAUGGACAAGUUGGUCAGCUACAUACUGUCUCUGUGAGAUGAAUGUGAAACCUUCUGCUCUGCAUGCAUGGAUGUGCUGGGUUGAACGUUCUUGGAGGAGAUUAAUGGCUGAUAUUCUGAGGCCUGUUGCUGCAUGCAUUCAGUCGUCGAUGAACGAUUCAUGUGUAAUUCUGAUGCUCUCUCUUGAUUUCUUUGGUGUAGAAGAAGUUUGUCCCCUUGAUAUAGCAGCUUCUGUUUUGCUUUCUUUUCCGUCAGAUAGUUUCAACGUAUUCAUAGAAAACUUAGUA